AUGCUGGGGGAUGCUCAGUGCAUAUGAGAACCCUUUCCUCACAAUAGAAGUGAAUUAGGAAUGUUCCUUGACUGGCUACAUGGGAAAACCCUACCUUGCUUCAUGAACUUAAUGGUCACUUUUAACACACUGCACAUGACUACUCUGCAGUGUAACAGUGCAUGCUUUCACUCUAUCCCCAUGGAUUGUUACAAUGUAAUCCUUGUAGAUUAAAAAAAAAUAAUCAAAUCAAACCAUUCUACUCUGAAUGGAUUAAUGAAACAUCUGAAAUUAAAUCCCUCUUAACCACUGAUUGAAAUGAAUAGUUUGAGCUAGAGAAUGGGAAACAUCUACUUUGUCAUUACUCAUUUAAAUUAGCAAUAAAGGAAAUUAACAGAAGGCAGUCAUAAAGCAUUUCCCUAAGGAACAAACCAGCUUCUGUACUGGUCCUCAUUUGCCCUGCAGAUGUGCAACUGAUAUCUCAUGGAAAGGAAAAAUAACAGUGGGAGAAUAAUUUUAAGCAAAAGAGCAGCCCCUGAAAUAAGAGUUAAGAAUUUCCCCUCCCCCCUCCUGCUGCUUCUCUGCUCUUAAAGUCCCCUCCCCCAGUGCUCUUUAACACUGAUGUCACAACACCAUCAAGUUCCUAAGAAUGUAGUCUGUGGUUACCACCAAGUGUCUGUAAUUUCACAGAAUCCUUCUUUAUUUCAAGAUACAGAAAGAGCUUGUGGCAUCACAAUGACAUGUAUGUAUGAUGUUGAUGGUGGAUGGCCUGGAAAUCCAAACAUAUUCUUCAAGAUUCCAUAAUAAAUUACUGAGUGUCCUGUGGUAAUGAAUAUCCAUUUAGUCUCUAGUAUAAUUUUAUGGUAGGUUAUAAAUCCAAGCUGUGCCUUUAUCAUAAGUGGAAUCUAACCAUGUCUCAAAAAGAACUGAAGUCCGCUUAUAAAGAUAUCUCCUCCACCACCUGGUUAAAACUUACAAUGUUUUCCUUGAACAUUGUGUAUUAACUUGACAUUCCAAACAAAUGGCCAACAUAUGUAGUUUCCCAUGUUUAAUGGGAAGUUAAUUAAAUAUAGAUUUCUAUGCAAGUGUGCAUAGGACUUGUGGCUUACUUAGAGAUAAGCAUACAUAAGAACGCAGCCUAUAGUUUUACUGGAGUCGAUGCCCUCUCUUUGGAGGUUAGAAACAUGCUUACAGGAGUUAAGAGUGUUUUCUGCAGUUUUGCUCUGGUUAUGGAAUCACAUUCCUAGGUACCACCGCUGUUAUUUCCUGGGUGCUGGGGGAAGUCUGUGGUGUUCUUUUGGUGGUAAGUACUUCUCCCUCCUUUCUGUUUCAUUUUCAUUGUUUCCAAUUCCUGUUGCCUUUUGCAGCUUUUAGAAACCAUGUUUGGUUGAAGGACAGAGUAAAUUUUAACAAAUUCCAUUCUGCUGAGCAGGACAGCAAUUUCUUCAGAAAGCAGGCCUAUUAUUGUUCAUUUGAUACGUUGUGAGCCACUUUGGGCACAAAUUUGUGGAGAAGCAUACAAAUAAACCGAUGACAUGAGAUGCUCAAGGCUGAAACAAGGAGAAGUCCUGCCCUGCCCAGCUUUCUUUCUUUUCUUUCUUUCUUUCUUUCUUUCUUUCUUUCUUUCUUUCUUUCUUUCUUUCUUUCUUUCUAAUUUUUAUUGGUUUUUACAAAUAUUUACCAGCAUAACAUCAUUUUUAUAUAAUAACAAAUAAAACAUUUGGCUAUAUAAACCUGAGACUUAUAUAGGGAAGUCUCAAAGCCCUGCCCAGCUUUCGUCCAGUCUACAGCCCUCUGUCGCUUGAGGGUGAAGCUUUGAAGUGUGGCAAAUGGGCAUCUUUUGUCCAGCUGCAGGCUCCCUGUGUGACUUAGUCCCCCGCAUAAUCAGAUCUUUGCCUUCCAACUCAUCAUGAGAGGAGCUGUAAAUGAUAUGAAGGUGAUGUGUGGCAGGAGAUGGGGCAUGGAAGUCCCGAACCCAAGAAACAAAGAUCCAAGAGGGAAUAGGAAUGUGAGUGACUUCCAAGUCCCAAGCCUUUGCAUCUUUGCAUGCAACAUGCAACAUUUCCCCUUUGGCUAAGAAAUAUGCACAUUGCCACAAUACAGGUGUGUAAUUAGUGUGGAUGGGGUAGAGGGUGGGGGUUUCUGGGAAAGGGAAAUGUCAUAUGGGAAGCUGCCCAUAAUACGCUGUAAAUUGCUUCUUUCCACAAGACAUUUUAUCGAACACUUAUUCCAUCACUAAUUUCCCCCUUUGAGUUUUUAAUUUGCGAAUGAUGUUUGCAUCAGCAGUUCCAUUUUCUCAAGCAGGCGAAAUAAAACCAGUUCAUAUUACCAAUAAUUUGCUAAAUAUUAUUGUUGCCUGUCUGACUCAAUUUCACUUUGCCAUUUAUGCAGUUGUGCGCAUUUUGAACAGCUAAGCUACCAAUAACCUUUGAAAGGCCACUAGAGAUGAAAUGUUCUCUGUGGGAAAUUCUCUUUCGCUUCUUAUUGCUUGUCUUUAAAACUUUAUUAAGAUUCUUUGUGAAAGAGGAAAUUAAUUAUUCUGUAUUAACAUUUUAUCUCAAGCAUCACCUAAACAAAGUCUUCUUUUCUAAGGGAAGUACUUUCCAUAAACUCAAAGGCUGCAUUCCUACCUGUCCUCACCAUGUUGUUGCUUCGGCAGAUGAGGAUGGUGUCUGUGGAAACUGGUGCCUGUUGGUAUCAGAUUGACAGAUUACAGGUAAAAACAACUAAUUCUAGUUGUCCGUCUCUCCCCCCCCCAAGAUUCUGUCUUCUCAAGUUGAUUGAGGGGGACUGAUGUGACAUCCUGAAAUGAUGCAUGUGACUUGCAAGGAACCAGCCCCCCCCAAUUGCCUUGGCCCCUGGGAACUGGUGUGUAUGUUCCCCUCCCCAUCUUCCUCUCUGUUGAUGUAUACAAAAGCAACACUGAGACUGGGGAGGAAGAAACUGAAAAGCAUCUUAGCUCUCUGGAUUUGUUAUUAAGUAAGAAGGCAGGAAAGUGGGGCUGGCUGAGAACAAAGUUUGGUGGGCGGUGUCUCAUUCACCUUAAUGGACCAGCCUGCACUGGAUGGUGCAUAUUCAUCUCUGUGCCAGUUUCUGCCAGAGGAAAGGAGUAAUAAUAAUUUAUUUAUACCCUGCCCAUCUGGAUGGGCUUCCCAGAAGCACUGGGUGGGGGCCUUCUCUGCAGCAGAGGCCACAACCAUGCCCUGGGCAAAUAGUUUUGCUGCUGAUAGGAAGCAGCACAAAGCCUCACAAUGCACAAAGCUUUAUUUCCCUUUAAUACAGGAGACAGGUGAAGGGACUUUCCUAGCUCUCACAAGUGAUCCCCAUGCAGGUUACUCUUUCCUUUCAGGACUGUGAAGGGAUUUGUGUACCUGGCAGAAGAGCGAAGUGGUUCCUUAUCUAUUUGUGGGGUUUCUUUUAGCUUUCUUAUGAAAGUCUCUAAAUAUUGUGGUUUUUAAGAAAGCAUUUACUCAGAAAGCUUUAUCUUUUUUGAAACAAAGAUUCUUAGGGUGAGCUGAGGGGAGUUUGCCCAUCUGUACUGACUGCAUGGCAUCUGACAAGGUGGCUCUCUAGAUUGCUUUCAUGGGGCCCUGGCACCACUUGUUUGGUACUUGAUAGACCUGGACCUCCAAAGGUCAGAUUUAAUAAAGAAAAGCUGCAAAUAGAAUGAAGGUCUUGCCUAAAAUCUGACCAUGGUAUUGUCGUCAAUUCAGAUGAUAUGAAUCUGUUAUGUGGACAUAACAAAAUGGUGCCUCAUUAACUCACCAAGAAAAGAUAAGAUGUGUUUGAAUUCUUGCUUAAUAGAGUUUUUGAAAGAUCUAGUUUUGUUUUGGGGUGUUGUCGCUGUUUCUGCAGAGGGAGUAUAACUGAAGAAAGCAACACUUUUAAUCAUCAUAGCUAGCAGCAAACAUGCCCGGUAUUUAUCUGCAAAAAGUGAUUCAUCAAGUGUGAACAGCACUGGGAGUUUUAUAAUGACAGCGAUGGUGAAUGUUUACAUUCUACCUCUUUAGAGUUUGCAGUUUCUAAAUCCCUAAGUGCUUGAUGGAAACAGUGAUAUGUGGCAUGGUUAGUACAGCAAUCUUCUAGAAAUAGAAUGUGGCAAUCAAUGCAUAACGGUACGAAAUUAUAUUUAGCAGGCUCUUUUAGUAAACAAGCAAUGAGGGUUUGGCGUCAUGGCUGCAUUUGGCGGGCGGCGGUGGGGAGAGGUAAGAUGAGGCAUGUCCAUUUACAUUUAAGGCUGUGUCAAAGUGAUCAUAGCAUUUUGGUUUAUUUUCAUGAAGCUUCUGACCAGAGAUGUAGGGAGGAAACCCCAUAAUUGCCCUUCAUGCAGAAGUUCAGGAUCUUUACAACUCAGGCACUGGAGCGGGCAUUGGAGGAUAAAAACCAUUACAGCAAAAAGCAAGUAAUGAACUCCUAAAGUAAAGUCCAAAAUCUCUGGAUCAUUCUUGCCUAUUCACAAAUGUCAUACCACUGCAGCAUUGUUGAACUUUAAGAAGGUAACAGCUAAUGUUUAUGUGCUCACUCACCCACCUCUACUGUUGCCAGGGCAUUUCAAAAUUCAGUAUGAAAUCCAAACAGUUUUGAGAACUGCUAGGAACUUUUUGGUAAGCUUUGGGAGGUAGCAGGUGGGGGAGCUGGGAAUGAGUUUGUUCCUUUGUUGCAAUAUAUAUUCACCACCAUCAAUUUACAUGCUACCUUUCCACAAUAAACCAUGUUCCAAGAGGUCUCACAAUGUCAUAACAUUUUACACAAUUCUGUAACAGUUACAAGAUAUAAUGGAAUUUAAGUAGUCACAUAAACAAUGAACUAAUGAAAAUAUCUCACACUAACAAAGUUACAGUGAAAUUAAACAAUCCACUGAAUAUUCAUAAUACGGUCGACACUAACAAAUCCACUGAAUAUUCAUAAUAAGGUCUGACAAUCACAUUACUCAGAUUAACAGCAAAAAUAUUACAUUUCCUGAAGUAAAUCUUGUCCCAGGAAAAACCCCAAUCAAUAGCCCACCCCGAUUGUCUCUAGAUAUCCUAGACAGCAGAAGUAGCCUUUGUAGCUGGAGACAGUCAAGGUCUUCGCAGGUCAGGUGGAAGGGAGCAGACAAGCAAGGAGCGAGGUCUUGCAAGACUAGCAGAAUUACAAUGCAGGUAUUAUUAUUUUUAGACCACAUUAAGGUUUUGGAAAGGUGGAAUAGAUAUGCUUUUUAAAAACCCAAUAGCACAAUCAUUGGCAUGUUUACUUGGAAGGAGUUUUGCUUACUCUCUGCUCUUCUAGUAAGUGUGUUUUAACACUGAAGCCCAAGGCACUGAGUUUUGAACUUCUGAGUUGCAAUGUAUAGGACUGUGCUGUAUGAUUGUUCUGUGCAUUGUAACAUGACCCAAAGAAGCCACCCAGAGAAAUGACAGCAAUGAAGAGUGCUUCUUAGCUAUAAAGUCUGGGAACGUGAAAGUUCCUGGCAAUUUUGUAAACAAGGAGCCUCUUACGAUGAAAUCUUGAUGCUUUUUCUUUUUUAGCUCUGGAGUACUUUCAAGAUGCACUACAAGUGCUUGAAUGGAAUAUUAAGCUUCUUUUUCUUUUCUUUUCUCUUUUCUUUUCAGUUUUGUGCAUUGUGUUGUUAGGCACAUACACUGAAGUAGACAAAAUGAUAGGAAACAACAAUGGCACAACGUUACAUUUCUUUUUUGUUUUCUAUUCUCUCCUUCAGCUUCAGGGGUUAGAGAGGUAAAGAGCAGGAUGCUUUCUCAAAACAUUCUGUUCUCAUACUUUUUUUGUUGGGAAAAAUAGGUAGAGGAAAACAAAGAUAGUAGAGAUUGCCAAGGGAAAAAAAUGAGGCCAAGGAGAUCUUAUGAAUCAUCCAUGGAUUUUCUUGUUCCUAAACAAAACCCCAAAGGUAUGUCCCCCCUCCCCUUUGUAUAAUGUUGUUGGGUAAAGUCCAUUUCUCCUUGCAGCAAGUGCUAAAAGUGUUACAGGAUCUGAUAGCCAUGGUAUGUGGGAACAUGUACUUCUAGGCAUGCCAAAUCAUUUUUUAAAAAUGGAAUGUUACUUUUUUGUGAGAAAGUACAUGGACAUGAAAAAGAGUAGAAAGUAAGUUUGUGUGUGUGUGUGUGUGUGUGUGUGUGUGUGUGAAAGAGAGAGAGUGCAUGCACAGCAGCCUUUGUGUUUUUAUUUUAAAUAACUAACUGGUUUGGGGGAGUACAUGAAGAGAACCGCAGCAGCAGCAGCCCUCACUGCCUCUCAGGACUCAUUAUAUUUUCACUUUGUUUACUCCUAAGUGUCAGUCUGACCCAAGCAAUACCAGAAUAUUAAACUGCAGAAGAAAACAAAGCAGAAAUAUUAUAUAAGGUAAGAAGAAAUCAGAUUAUGGGAGCAUAAUUCAGAUCAUUCUCUGUAUAUUCAACUUUCCUUUCUAAUUAAGCCUUGCAAGUUUGACUAUGACUUUUAAGAUUGUUUCCCUGGGAGGUUGCAAAGAGGGAAUCAUGGGAGAAGAAAAGGAUAGAGUGUUCUGUGAAAGUGAAGGAAGAUGAGGAAGUAAUAUGGGAAAGAAAGAAAAGAGGAAGACCUUGCUGCUGCUGCCACCACAUCCCCUGACCCAGGGAUUAUGAGAGACAAGCUGCCAUUUUGAAAGAACUGAUGCAGAUUUGAAAUGAUUGAGCCCUGUUUCUAAUGGAUAAAGAUGGGUGGGUGUGUAGGAGGCAGACAGACGGUGUUCUAUGGGUCAUUGGUUCAUGACAGAGCAAUAUUUUGAGAGCAUGGCAUCUAUCAGGCACUCCUUAGGUCUCGUUAAUUUGCCCACAGGAGUGCUGGGACCAUGACCCAGUUGGGAUCCUCUGAAGAUAUAAAAUGAACUAAAUGGAAAUAAGGGAUCCCAAGGGUUAUCCAGUCCCUCCCCCUGCAAAAGAACCAAAUUGAACCAAAUUGUGGGUGCCUUCAGAACAUCUUGUAUGUAUAAAAUGGCUAUUUGAUGUGCAUGGUAAUCUCUGGCUUGCCUCAUUUGCUUUGGCUGUUUGUAAUCAGGUGCAGAUGAUCAUUUCCUUUUUAGUCUGGAUUAUGUUCCUAUUAAUCCCAUAUUUUCAUUGGUGAAAUGUUGGAGAGUGCUACGGGUAUCCAACUUGAUUAAUAACAAUUCCUCUUUUAUAUAUAUUUUUGUCACCAUGCAGAAGCCACCAAGGAUGGUGUUGAAAGUAACCACUACAUGUAAUUUGAGAAUGAAUCUUGGAAUUGUGCUAGGACAUCAAAUAAUAUUUCCAUCCUUUAGAGUGGCAGCAGUGGGGAAGAUAGCAAAAUCACCCCCAUCAUCAAAGGGCUCACAGACAAGACACUUACAAAGGCAGCAGAAGUGUGCAAUGUGUACUAAUGGAAGGACUUCCUCACCAUUGAAACACAUUGAGCUAUUCUUGCAUUGCUGACACAACAUGGAGAGCAGCUGUUUUUGAGCUCUCAUAUAGAAUAUUCAGCAGAUAGUUCCCCCUAGAAAAAGGUCAUACACAUUACAUUGCUACUCACUUGCUCAUUAUAAACUGAGUUGUGCAUCACUAGAGAUCAUUUAUUUCUCACAUUUGUGUUCCUUGCUUCCUUGAAUGAGCUCAGGGUCAACCAUAUGGAGGUUAUUUUGCUUUGUUUGCUUUAGUUAAAAUUAUUUAGAUCUCAUAUGGAGCAAAAUUUGCCAAAGCCAUUCUCAGCAACCCAGUGAUUUAGGGGAAGUACACUGGAACUACUGAAUCCUGGAAUAUAUACAGUGGUACCUCGGGUUAAGAACUUAAUUUGUUCAGGAGGUCCGUUCUUAACCUGAAACUGUUCUUAACCUGAGGUACCACUUUAGCUAAUGGGGCCUCCCACCGCUGCUGCACCGCUGCUGCGCAAUUUCUGUUCUCAACCUGAAGCAAAGUUCUUAACCCGAGGUACUAUUUCUGGGUUAGCAGAGUCUGUAACCUGAAGCGUCUGUAACCUGAAGCGUCUGUAACCCGAGGUACCACUGUAUCGAAUUGGGACAACAAAUCCAUUAGGAAAUAAACUUCCAAAUUUCCACACAUUAAGAUAGAAAAAAGGGGUAAAUGGAAGAGAAAUACUGUAUUUUAAAAGAAUUCUAAAGUCCCAAACAAAGCAUUAUUGUGAGAGGCUAUAUUCUAGUAUAGCUAAGGCAGCCCCCUCCCUUUUAAAGUAUUUGUUUUCAUUUAUUUCAUAAAAUUUAUAUACUGCUUGAUAGAGCAACAAUUGGAGGUGGGUGAAUGCUAAGAUAAAUACAUUUUGUUAAAAAUAAAUAAAAAUGUGAAUGAAACUGGGAUUGGUUGGGAAAGGAUAGAAAACAAAGAGAAGUUGAACAAAUGGCAGCCAAUUCCACCAAACACUUGCUAAGAGACAGCGUUUAAAAAGCCGUUUAAGACUUCACCCCUGCAAACACCACAAUUUGAAAAUGUUGGGUGGAGUGAGAUCAUUCUACGCCUCCUGUAGCUCCUCUCCUUUCCACAUUCUGGUUUUCUUCUUAUACAGUGUUGUAGUUAAUUAUCACAACAUUUUGGAGACUGUCUCUCUGGCUUUCUGAGAGACUGUUUGGAACUACAAAUCACUACAGAUCAAUUGGGGACAACCCGAUCCACUCUGUGGGCACAAAUGGGCACAAAUCCCCACUGUGGGCACAAAUUGGGCACAAAUCAGCCCAAUUCCAUUCAGCCCAAAUGCAUGUACUGUUGAUCUCUGGGCAAUCUGGAAUUAUCCAUAUCUGGAGGUCAGGUUUACGCAACAGAAUGGUGCACAUAAGGUUCUCAACACCAGACACCUGCAUGCAAAACAUGGAUAUUUGGAACAGAGCCAGGAAAGCCACACAAUAUAUGGGACUGUCAGGGGCUGGUUAGAGGAGGAGUGGUGGAGACCACCUCCCCAUCCUAACCCUUCCAGGGAGGAGGAAGACGAAGACAGUAAAGAUUUACAACAGUGGUUUGCGGGAGGUCACAGCUCAGAGGCAAAUGAGGGGGGAAUGUUGGGAAAUAAUGGGAGAGGAGGAGCAGGCAGAGCUGGAGUAGCAGCUGGCUGACACGUUGUCACUAGAAGGCAUUCCAAACCCAUCAUCUCCCAUCAUCUCCAGCACCUUCAGGGCCAGAGUCCCCUUUCACUUGAUAUAAACAUGAAGGGGAGUUCUUAAAACUCUGAUUCUAUGGGUUUAAAGUUGUUGAAAUGUCCAUAUAAAUUUAUAGUGUGGUGUAGUGGUUAAGAGCGGUAGACUCGUAAUCUGGUGAACCGGGUUCGCAUCUCUGCUCGUCCACAUGCAGCUGCUGGGUGACCUUGGGCCAGUCACACCUCUUUGAAGUCUCUCAGCCCCACUCACCUCACAGAGUGUUUGUUGCGGGGGAGGAAUGGAAAGGAGAAUGUUAGCCGCUUUGAGACUCCUUCGGGUAGUGAUAAAGCGGGAUAUCAAAUCCAAACUCUCUUCUUCUUCUUAUAUCUUAUUUAAGUGUUUUUAGUGUGGACUUUCCUUUUUUAAAAAACACCCUCUAGCAAUAACCUCUUACUGCAGGAACAAGAGCAGAAGUGUUCCCACCUGACCACAAAGGAUUAGUCCUGCUCAGCCAUUUAUGGUAUUUUAUAGUUGUACUAUAAUUUAUAAAUCCACAUGGGUUCUGCUCAUUGGACUCAAGCCAUUAAAAUAGAGCACUUGAGAUCCCCUAAAGGGACACAUUAUAUGAACCUAAGAGAAGUUAGCAGCAGAGGUAAAUGGUAAAACAUGCAAGAGAAAUCUAGUUAAGAGCCUAAAAUGUAGCAAACACUCAUCAGCCUGACAGGCCCUCUAGCUAUAUAAAAGAAAAACGCAAGGUUUUGCAAUAGAUACUAUUAAAAUGCUGAAAGAAAGCCAGAUCUGCCACAGCUUAGCCCCGUGUAGAGCUGAGACAAUGCCUACGGGCAAUGAAUACCCUCAAGUUACUGGAAAGGAGGAAGGUAGGUCAUUUGAUAAGGUCAGGCCAAGUACAAGAAGCCUUAAAGCCAAAGAUGUGUCUAAAUGAAAAUUAAAUAGAUUAUCUUUGUUUACAAUGAAGCCAAGGCAAUUCACAAGUUGGGACACCUAUUGGAAUGAAUGGAACAAUGUGGUUCUGCACAAAUGAAUUUGAUGAGAAUUUCAUUUCCUGAAUUUCCAGAUAAACUUCCAAGUUGAGUGUAUAAAUAAUUCCAGAACUAUAGUCAGAACCUGGAAUUACCAAGAGCUUCUGCCCUUGUUGUAUUGGAUGAUAUAAUUGACUCACAUCAAUGUACCUCCACUCAAAACUAUGUAUAGGUCUCUUGUGUUAGCCCUAAUGUGGUAAAUUUGGUUUCUCAUUCUCCAGGGUUGAUCUGACAAUCUACCACCACAUUCCAUCUUAUCUGAAAUUUGGUGGCAUCUCCAUACACAAACUGAUCAUUUGCUUUUCUCAGAAUCGGAUCUACUGUUGAAAGGGAAGUGGAGAGGACUAGUAUUCCUUACAUAAUAUCCCAUGCAUACUUCCAGCAGCUCGUUUUUUAAAGUAAUAUAUUUUUAACAAUAAAUUGAAAUUUUGA